UUGCCCAAACCCUCCCCCGACUGCCUUCUGUUCACUCCUCAGUCCCUCUUCCGAUAAGGAAUUCCGCCCGGCGCCUUUAGUACCUUGGUGCCUGCGCCCACGCCGACCAGUCGUCCACCUGCUUCUGCUGCUGCUGCCGAGAGGCGUCCACUUUUCAGCCUCCAGCUCAUUGGAAGAAAACAAACGACCCUUGAAGUGAAACGCUGAAAGGAGUGUUUACGUCCCCCUUCCCGGCAAGUUUCCUUCGUAUUCAUUUAUUUUCUAUCACAUUCCCUUAUCUCAAUGGCGGGAGCCUCAGGGCACUUCUUUACCCUCACUACUGGUCUGUCUUCUCUCCCUUCCCGACGCAAAUUAUUCCCUGCCAACGCUACCGCCCCAAGCGACCAUCGCCUUUCACCCGUUGCUUCCAUUAAGUGUGAUCUCUCCUCGUCUAACUCCCCUCAAAACCAUAAACCCUCUUCCCUCCAACCGCAUCUCAGGCCCAUCUUCACUAUCGGAAAAACUCUAGCCUUUUCAGCCGCCUCAGGCAUCAUAUUUCAUCUAUCUGGUGCAAACUUUAUCUUUGGAGGCUCUGGCUCUGGCUCUGGCUCUGGCUCAGGCGGAGAUGGUGGAAGUGGUGGUGGUGGAGGAGGAGGCGACGACUUCUGGCAGAGGAUACUCUCUCCUUCUGCGAUCGCAAAGGAUGAGGAGUCUCCAUCUCAGGAAUGGGAUUUUCAUGGACUUCCAGCAAACAUUGUUGUCCAGCUAAGCAAGCUCAGUGGAUUCAAGAAAUACAAGGUGUCUGAUAUAUCCUUUUUCGAUCGGAAGCGAUGGACCACGAUUGGAACUGAUGACUCGUUCUUUGAGAUGGUAUCUAUACGUCCUGGUGGCAUAUACACAAAAGCCCAACUCCAAAAAGAGCUCGAAACCCUAGCAACUUGUGGAAUGUUUGAGAAGGUGGAACUAGAGGGGAAGACCAAACCAGAUGGUUCUAUCGGUGUCACAAUAUCGUUUACAGAGAGCACAUGGCAAUCGGCCGACAAGUUCAGAUGUAUCAAUGUGGGCCUAAUGCAGCAGUCAAAGACUAUCGAAAUGGAUCCUGACAUGACAGAGAAGGAAACAUUGGAGUGGAUUAAGAACCAAGAGAAGGAUUACAAGAGGAGGAUGGAUAGAUCAAGGCCAUGUUUGCUGCCAACUCCAGUUCAUCGAGAGGUGCUGCAGAUGUUGAGGGAGAAUGGAACAGUGAGUGCUAGGCUACUUCAAAAAAUAAGAGAUCACGUGCAGAAAUGGUACCAUGACGAGGGAUAUGCCUGUGCACAGGUUGUGAACUUUGGUAAUUUGAACACAAAAGAGGUCGUUUGUGAAGUUGUGGAAGGAGAUAUCACACAGUUGCUGAUUCAGUUCCAAGAUAAACUUGGAAAUGUGUGCGAAGGGAAUACCCAACUUCCAGUUGUAAAACGAGAGUUACCAAGACAGCUCCGACCUGGCAACGUUUUCAACAUAGAAGCAGGAAAACUGGCAUUAAGGAAUAUUAAUUCGUUGGGUUUAUUUUCCAAUAUUGAAGUUAACCCACGACCUGAUGAGAAGAAUGAAGGUGGUAUUAUUGUGGAGAUAAAGCUCAAAGAACUAGAUCAGAAAUCUGCUGAAGUCAGCACAGAAUGGAGUAUAGUCCCUGGACGUGGGGGUCGGCCUACACUAGCUUCAAUCCAACCUGGUGGAACAGUGUCAUUUGAGCACAGGAAUCUCAAAGGAUUGAACAGGUCCAUUCUUGGUACUGUGACAACAAGCAACUUCCUCAAUCCACAGGAUGAUCUUUCUUUCAAGCUUGAAUAUGUUCACCCCUAUCUGGAUGGUGUAUAUGAUCCUAGUAACCGAACCUUGAAAACAAGCUGUUUUAAUAGCAGGAAAUUGAGCCCAGUUUUCACAGGUGGGCCAGGAGUGGAUGAAGUUCCCCCUAUAUGGGUAGAUCGUGCUGGUUUGAAAGCCAAUAUAUCAGAGAAUUUGACUCGUCAGAGCAAAUUUACAUAUGGGAUUGUGAUGGAAGAGAUUACAACACGUGAUGAAAGCAGCCAUAUUUCUGCAAAUGGUCAGAGAGUAUUACCUAGCGGAGGAAUUAGUGCUGAUGGACCCCCUACGACACUUAGUGGAACUGGUAUUGAUCGAAUGGCAUUUGCUCAGGCCAAUAUUACCCGUGACAACACCAAGUUUGUAAAUGGAGCGAUAGUUGGCGAGCGAAAUGUGUUCCAGGUUGAUCAAGGUCUUGGUAUUGGGAGCAAGUUCCCAUUCUUCAAUCGACAUCAGUUAACCAUAACUAAAUUCAUCCAGCUAAAGGAAGUGGAGGAAGGUGCUGGUAAAUCACCACCACCUGUAUUAGUUCUUCACGGCCAUUAUGGUGGAUGUGUUGGAGAUCUUCCAAGUUAUGAUGCUUUUACCCUUGGAGGUCCUUACUCAGUUAGAGGCUACAAUAUGGGUGAAAUUGGUGCAGCCAGAAAUAUUCUCGAGAUUGCUGGUGAGUUGCGGAUACCUGUGAAGAACACGCACGUGUAUGCAUUUGCAGAACAUGGGAAUGAUUUAGGAAGUUCAAAGGAUGUAAAGGGAAACCCAACUGAGGUUUAUAGGCGAAUGGGUCACGGUUCUUCGUAUGGGGUUGGGAUCAAACUUAAUCUAGUGCGAGCUGAGUAUGCAGUUGACCAUAAUUCUGGUACCGGCGCUGUGUUCUUCAGAUUUGGAGAGAGAUUCUAGGAUCUUGUUCCAAUUUUGCAAAUUAUAUGUCUUGUGUCAUUUUGUAGCUGCAAUUAAACUGUAACUUUGAAGUUGGAAUGUGGUUGGUUGGUUGAGCUUUUGUAUUAGAUUCUUCAUGUCUUAGACUUGAUAUGAGCUUAUGUAUGAAAAAAAUCAAAUUAAUUCCAUUUCUAAAUUAUGAUCUAAUUGUUUUUUAAUCUGUUUCAAAUUAUUGUUUA